AUGGCGACCGUACCCGUCUAUUGCAUCUGCAGAUUACCUUACGACGUGACCCAAUUUAUGAUUGAGUGCGAUGCUUGCAAGGACUGGUUUCACGGCAGCUGUGUUGGUGUGGACGAAGAUGAUGCCCCAGAUAUUGACAUAUACCAUUGUCCAAACUGUGAGAAGACUCACGGCAAAUCCACAUCAAAAAGGAAAAAAAAUUGGGACAAACAUGACACUUGGCAAAGCACAGAUCUCCAAGCUGUUCAAAAUGGCAGUCAAGUUUUCAUAAAGGAGCUCCGUAGUAGAACAUUUCCAAGUGCUGAAGAUAUUGUCGUUAAAUUAAGUGGCAGUCAGCUGACGAUGGAUUACCUGGAGGAGCACGGUUUUGAGGAACCUAUCCUUGUUCAGAAAAAAGAUGGCUUGGGAAUGUCUAUGCCACCUCCGUCCUUCUACAUCAGUGAUGUGGAAAAUUAUGUUGGUCCUGAUGUUGGAGUUGAUGUUGUUGAUGUCACCAAACAGACUGAUAGCAAGAUGAAACUCAAAGAUUUUGUUGAUUAUUAUUAUAGCACAAACAGAAAGAAAGUUUUAAAUAUAAUCAAUCUGGAGUUCUCUGACUCAAGGAUGAACAGUAUUGUGGAGAGUCCACAAAUUGUACAGAGAUUGUCUUGGGUUGAAAACUACUGGCCUGAAAAUGCACUGCUUGGAAAGCCGAAAGUCACUAAAUACUGUCUGAUCUGUGUGAAAGACAGUUACACAGAUUUUCACAUUGAGUGUGGCGGUGCCUCUGUCUGGUAUCAUGUAUUAAAGGGAGAAAAGAUCUUUUUUCUCAUCAAGCCAACCUCUGCCAAUCUUUCUCUGUAUGAGCGUUGGAGGUCGUCAUCCAAUCACAGCGAAAUGUUCUUUGCUGACCAAGUGGACAAGUGUUACAAAUGCCCUCUGAAGCAAGGACAGACUUUGUUCAUCCCAUCAGGUUGGAUCAAUGCCAUUCUGACUCCAGUUGACUGCUUAGCAUUCUCUGGCCAUUUUGUCCAUAACCUGAGCGUCGAGAUGCAGAUGAGAGCUAAUGAAAUUGAGAAGCGACUGAAGAUGAAAACACUCACCCCUUUCCCCAACUUUGAAACAGCAUGCUGGUAUGUGGGAUGCCAUCUCCUCGAACGAUUCAAAGGAUUACAUAAAGCAAAUAAGCAGCCAGCACCAUAUCUGGUCCAUGGUGCCAAAAUCAUCAAUGGAGCCUUUAGAGCAUGGACAAAAAAACAGUCCCUCUUAGAACAUGAAGAUGAACUUCCAGAGAACUUGAAACCUUCACAGCUAAUCAAAGAUCUUGCCAGAGAGAUUAGACUCUCAGAGAAUGCGACGAAAGCUACUAAGAGUGAGUUGCCAGUGGAGGGCCUCUCACUACCCCACUCUGAUCCUGAAGAUCCUGUUUCACCAUCCGAAGUUCCUUCACCGAGCUUUGAGAGAGUCAGAAAGAUACCCCUCAACCCCCCAACACCCCAUAGAACUUCCAGUCUCUCAAAGAUGCCAAAUGGGCCUAAACCUCAGAAAAUACUCAAAGCCAAAGAGGGUGGUAAAAAGCAAUUGAAAACUGUAACAGAUUCGCCCUCUCCACCUAAACCCUCCAGUUUCACAGCUCUGGAGUCCCAUGCAAAGGAUAUUUUGCGCAAAAUGGACCAGCCUAAGAAACCAAAGAAUAUUGUGAUGUCAGAAAAAGAAACGUUAAAGCAAAAUGAUGUGAAAAAGUUGGAAAUUAGAGAGCAGAAUAAAAACAAGACUGAAGCAAAAUGGAAAUACAAGAAUAGUAGACCAGACUCCCUGCUAAAAAUGGAAGAGGACUGCAAAUUUGACAGAACGUCAGUUUUUGGCAAUAAAUUCAGCUUUACACUGGCCCAGAAAAUCUUGGGCUCAAAGACAUCAAAAAUGAAGACUGACACAAGUAUUUUUGGGACAACGCAAAACUUAAAAGAGGAUAAACCCAAGCCAGUUAGAGAUGAGUAUGAAUAUGUCUCAGAUGAAGGUGAACUGAAGAUUGAGGAAUUUCCAAUUCGACGGCAAAAGAACACCAUAAAGAGAGACCUUUCCUUUUUGUCAGAAAUCAGAGAACCAAUUCACCCAACCAAAAAACCCAAGACCAAGCCCUUGGCAUCAAAGAGUGCUGAUUCUUCAGAUGAAGAAACUCUACAUAUAGACACAGACGCCAAGCCUGAUGGUAAAAGUCGCAAUUUAAACAUGAAAAGAAAGAAAAGAAAAAGUGGGAGUGCGACAGGGAUCCUUGACUUACUGCAAGCCAGCAAGCAAGUGGGCGGAAUGGAUUACAGUACCAAUAGUCAGCGACCUGCAUCUCCAAGCACACAAGAGGCCAUUCAGGGCAUGCUGUCAAUGGCAAAUCUGCCAUCGUCAGAUAAUUUGCAGCAGCAGUGGAGCAGCAAUCACUCAAGAAACAGUAGUCAGUCAAAGGACAUCUGCAGCAUGCAAAAUUCGCUGACCAGCAAGAAGGCCACAAGAGGAGUUCAAAUUGGCCGCACCAGCAAUAACAAGCAGUUCACUAAACGCUUCUUGACGAAACCUCAGAAGAGCAGCAGUAUUGAGACUAUCGAUUAUGAUGACCAGGAUCACAUGGAUGCAUGCUUCAAAGACUCAGAUUAUGUUUAUCCAUCAUUGGAGUCAGAGGAGGACAAUCCUGUUUUUAAAUCCAGAUCAAAAAAACGGAAAAACAGCGAUGAUAUACCAUACAGUCCAACAGCUCGCAUAGUACCCUCAGUUCCUCGACAGGGAAGGCCUGCAAGAGAAGGCGCACGUGUUGCCUCCAUAGAAACCGGCCUGGCUACUGCUGCAGCAAAGCUAUCUCAUCAGGAGGAGCGACAAAAAACAAAGAAGAAAGUCAUCAAAAAGAAGACGACACUAGUAGAGGAGCCACCAAAUGUCUCUCAAGAUGUUAGCUCGUCAGACCACAAUGAGGACUCACAGGAUGGCGACCUCACAGACCAUGAGCUGAAUAGCGAAACAAUCAAGUUGCCAGCAGGGUCGCAGCCCAUGGCACCAGGAGUGUUUCUCAGCCAAAGGACAACAUCAGUGUCUUCUCCGAAGCGUAACUCUACUGUGAUCUGUCCAGCGAAGCGGCUAAAGAAAGGCAUGGCAACAGCAAAACAGAGACUUGGAAAGAUUUUAAAGAUCCAUCGAAAUGGAAAACUCCUCCUGUAG